UACCUGAUAAACUGGCUGUGCUUGCUUGAGCCCUCAGUCUCAGCGCGGUGCAGGAUGACGAUGGCAAGUGUGGGGGUUCUUCUGGUGAUGGUGGUGGCGGUGAUAACGGCAGUUGGAGCUGACCCGUUCAUUCCCCCAAGGAAAGACUACUGCAGGAACAGGCUUCCUUCGGAAUGCUGCCGCGAUGUGCGUGACGAUGACUGCAUUGUUCACAUCCAAGAUAAUGGUUACUGUUACUGCGACGAUUUCUGCCUUGAUGGGGAAAAUGAUCAUAACGAUGACUGUUGCCCGGAUUUCCGCGAAGUAUGCCUGGGAGAGCCUAAACAAGUUCUCUACCUGAUCAAAGACGAGGAAGCUGUGUGCAUUCACAAUGGCAAGACCUUGGCGGCUGGGAAGCACACCUUCAACUGCAAUGAGUGCUCGUGUGAAGACGGGCGACUGACCUGUGAGGAGGACCAAUGCUUGGUGGACGAGGAGCUGAUACGCAGAAUGCACCAACACCCUCUCCGCCACGGCUGGACAGCCGCCAACUACUCUAUUUUCUGGGGCAGGAAGCUCAAGGAGGGAAUGGAACUGCGGACUGGCACCUUCCUUCCUGAGGCCAUGACGUACAACAUGAUGCCCAUCCUGCUGCGCCCUAACCCACAACGCAUUCCUAUGGAGUUUGACGCACGACAAAAGUGGAGUGGGCUGAUCAGCGGAGUGAGGGACCAAGGCUGGUGCGGCGCCUCCUGGGCCUUCUCCUCACUGGAUGUCGCGCAGGACAGAGAAAUGAUCCUCUCCGGCCAGCCUUCCAUCAGGUUGUCGGUGCAAGAACUCCUGAGCUGCACAGUACCGAAGAUGGACUGCCAGGGAGGAUACGUGGAGCAGGCCUGGGGAUUCUUGAGGAGGCUUGGGGUGAUGGAGGAAACGUGCUACCCAUACACGAGCGGCCAGUCCGAGAACGUGUCUUUCUGUAGCAGGGUGUCCAAACACUGCAAGAAGUACAAGACUGAGCCAGCCUACCGCAUCUCCAGCAAGGUGGAGGACAUCCAGUGGGAGAUCUUGAACAACGGCCCCGUGCAAGCGCUGAUGAGGGUGCACAGUGACCUGUUCCUGUACAAGAGCGGCGUGUACAGCUGCCCGCAGGCUGACGACCAGAGACCCACAGCCAUGCACUCCGUCAGGAUCGUGGGCUGGGGCGCUGAGUACUCCUCCAAGUACUCUCCUGUCAAGUACUGGGUUGUGGCCAACUCCUGGGGCACCACCUGGGGCGAGAAGGGCUUCUUCAGGAUCCAACGCGGCACAAACGAAUGCGGCAUUGAGACCUUCGUGCUAGCAGUGAGGGGUACCAAGGAUCCCAUGAGGAAACAGGCCAUCAAGUCAUGAGGCGUACCAUCUCGCAAAUGGGAAGUGGGCCCGGCAGGCUGGAACAGUCGUCACGGAGCCUGGAAGGGAGGACCGAUGGAUUAAAUAUAGCAAAUCAAAUCGACUGAUUUCAGUGACACUCUAAUUAUGAAAUUUUGCUUUUCCUCCUUUUCUCUGAAAACAUGUUUUUUGACUUAAACAUUAUCUAUUUAAUUUUUCCCUUCCUUCCCUUGAAAGUUUCUUUUAAGCUUGUCUGCAUCGCCAGGUUACUUUAAGGAGUCUGAAUGUGUUCAAUAAAAUAGAACAACCUCA